AUGUCCACUCGACGACGAGCUGCGGCGGCUGUUGCUGCUGAUUCCGCACCCCAGCCGUUGGACGGCUACAAGAUCGUUCUUAGCGGCAAGUUCAGCCACUUGGGUCACACGCAAGGAUCUCUGGAGAAGCUUGUGCGCACGCUGGGCGGAAGCACCAGCAGCUCUGUCACCAGCGCUACCACCCACGUUGUCUGUACAGAGUUCGACUACAACAGCGGGUACGUGGGCGCCACCUCUACGCCGCGACAGGCGGGUUCAUAA